CCAGGUAUAGGAUUCGCCUUCCCAAGUAUAGGGUUGGUUCCUGAAAGAUGUGCGCUGCGAUUCUGGGGACGUUAUCACACAGUGCUUUUUCUUUCCUCCUCGCCGCCUGCAUUCGUCUUGCAGUCGGUCGCAUUGCUGCAACAGAAAUGAUCUGAACUUCUGCUCGUUCUCGACUUGAAUUCCUUUGCUUUUGUACCCGCUGCCGCCCGGCCCUUUGGAUCUUCUUCUUCAAGGCCGUGUUCCCACUUACAAGUCGCUCGUUGCUUUGCUUCUUCUCUCUUGUCCCUGGGAAUCUGGGAAUCUUGCAUGAUGAUUGAGCCCGGCUUGACCCCGCCCCCGGGAGUUACCCCCAACUUUGACAAUCCCCCAAGAGGCGUCGCCGACUGGACUCUGGCCGUCAACGUCUUGGGUCUCUCUUUUGUCACCACGUUAGUUGUCCUGAGGUUAUGGGCGAGAUACCGCGUCACGGCCAAAAUUGGCAUAGACGACAUAUCAUGCAUACUCGCUUAUAUUGGCUUUGUUGGCUAUUCUUCAAUAGAUCUGCUCAUGCUCAGAUUUGGUGGAGGAAUAAAUCAGUGGAAUGUCCCUAAACACAAAGUCACGCCCUACUCGCAAGCGGUGUAUUCGACAAUGGUGGUAUACGGGCCCACUGUCUUCGCCACGAAAUGUUCUAUCCUCCUGUUCCUCACUCGAGUCUUCGCACCCUUUGACAGGUACUGUCGCUUCAUAUUCGCCUUCCUCGGCGUCAUGGGUAUCUACUACACCCUGAUGCUCUUCCUCAAGAUUUUCAUCUGCCGACCAAUCCCCAAAUUCUGGAACAUGGCUCUCGAGGGGCAGUGCUUCAAUCAGCGCGCGCUGAUUAUGACGGACAAUGUUAUCAGUCUGAUAAGUGAUAUCGCGGUGCUGCUAAUCCCGUGCCCAUUGGCAAACUUCCUGAAGGUCAGCACCAAGGCGAAGCUUAAAAUCGGUGCGGUUUUUGGUGCGGGUGGCAUCGCUUGCGUGUGCAGUCUUGUCCGCUUGGUCGAGAUUAUCAAUGACAGCGCUAGUCUGGAUCAGACGUGGGCGUUCACGAUGAUUAAUCUGUGGGGAAUUGCCGAAGUGGCCAUCGGGCUUAUCGCCUCUUGCUUCCCCAUGAUCCCUAUGCUCUGGAAGCACAUCCACCGCGAGCGCACGCGCACAAUCUCAAACAGCUACUCCAAUGGCUACUCCAACGCCCGCCACUCCGGCUUCGAGAUGAUGGGCUCGCACUCGAACCGUACGGCCCGCAGCAAGCUGCACGCCUCCAUCUCCGCAAACAGAGACACGCUCGUCGAGAACGGAUCUGACGAAAAUAUCCUCAUCGCGGGCCAUCCGAACCAUAUGUUGACGACGAAGUGCCAUGCCGGCGACGAGUUCGACAAAGCUGAGUGUGGGGACAGUGAUGCGAGUCAAAAGCGAAGGAGUUUUGACGAUACGAGAAUCAUGCGGACGGUGGAGGUUGAGGUGCAUGAGACACUCGGAAAGAAUUGAACGCGUUCUUGAAGGUUUUCAUUUGUGAUUCGGAUUCGGUAUAAUGAAGGAAUGGGGAAGCGGCAGCCCGCUUGGAGUAUGCCACUGGUCAGGCUUGGAUGAUUGGAACAUUUUGGUGCAGUGGCGACUGCCCUUCCGUAUACGCGACGACACCAACGAUGAAUGGGUCAUAGGUAUACGCUGCGCGGUCUACGGACUUUUUGACUGCGGAUGAUAACUACACUUCUGUUAACGUACUUAAUGUAUGCACUACCGUUCAAUGCAUAUGAAGACUGAGGAGAUGAGUUUGCGGUGAUAGUUGCAGUUGCAGC